ACACAGCGGACGCUGGAAACAAACAGCAGAUUCGAGCAAGAGAGACGACUAUAGAUCUACAUCUACUGAGAUGGAGAAAAUUCUCCCACUAAAGAUAUUGGCAGUUUUGGCUCUUGUUCUGCUGGGGUCCAGUGUGAAUGAAGGACGGAUUGUGACUAAAUGUGAGCUGAAGGCUCAGCUGGACGCAGCUUUUGGAGUAAAUAUGACCGCAAACAUCAUUCAAAAUAUGACCGGAUGCAAUACGACUCGGGACCUCGUCGCCAAACUUGUCUGUUCUGUGAAUCGAACUUCAAGGUUCAACACCAGCGUUAUCACCACCAUCCAGAUAUCAAAUCCAGAGCAUCCACUCCCAAAACCAAUUGAAUCAAAUGUGACCCGUCCAGGUGGAAGACCUGCUCCAUCAAAUGUGACCCGUCCAGGUGGAAAACCUGCUCCAUCAAAUGUGAGCAAACCCGGUGGAAAACCUGCUCCAUCAAAUGUGAGCAAACCCGGUGGAAAACCUGCUCCAUCAAAUGUGAACAAACCAGGUGGAAAACCUGCUCCAUCAAAUGUGAGCCACUCAGGUGGAAAACCUGCUCCAUCAAAUGUGAGCCAUCCAGAUGGAAAACCUGCUCCAUCAAAUGUGAGCCAUCCAGGUGGAAAACCUGCUCCAUCAAAUGUGAGCCAUCCAGAUGGAAAACCUGCUCCAUCAAAUGUGAGCCACUCAGGUGGAAAACCUGCUCCAUCAAAUGUGAGCCACUCAGGUGGAAAACCUGCUCCAUCAAAUGUGAGCCACUCAGGUGGAAAACCUGCUCCAUCAAAUGUGAGCCACUCAGGUGGAAAACCUGCUCCAUCAAAUGUGAGCCACUCAGGUGGAAAACCUGCUCCAUCAAAUGUGAGCCAUCCAGAUGGAAAACCUGCUCCAUCAAAUGUGAGCCACUUAGGCGGAAAACCUGCUCCAUCAAAUGUGAGCCACUCAGGUGGAAAACCUGCUCCAUCAAAUGUGAGCCAUUCAGGUGGAAAACCUGCUCCAUCAAAUGUGAGCCACUCAGGUGGAAAACCAAGGGGAAGAAGAUCUCCUUCCCUGAUACAAGGAGGUGUUUCACCUAAUGUGUUUCACCUGUUGGGAAUCUUCCAGCUGAACGACCGCGUGGCCUGCGAUUCUGGAUCAAACCAAAGUCUGAACAUCUGCCGCAUGAGUUGCAGUGCUCUGACCGAUGAUGACAUCAAGGACGAUGUUGGCUGUCUGAAGACCCUGAUCACAAAAAUAAGCAAUCACAUAAAUGAUGCUCCAGGCUCCCAUCUUCUUCCAGAAAAGAUGGACUUCUCAUUCGCGGAGGAGUGUCACUCCGUGGUUUCCUCAAGAUACUUUGCUGACUGUGCCUAAAAUGUUCAGCACCCCAUAUAGAUGUAACAAUCCAGUCAUUUUUAUCUAACGUGUUACUGUACAAUGUAAUAAAAUGCAGCAUAAAAA